UGCCUCUCCGCUCUCCGCACUUGCGGCGCCUCACGAUCCCCGAUUCUCCGCGCAAUGGAUCUGCGCCCUCCACUUUAUAUCUGCCUUGCCCGCCGCCAUUUCCCAUCCGAUCGUUCAACGAUUCAAUAUAAGCUUUUCUGCCGGCAAGCAAUCGCCCAUUCGCAACGCUUUGAGUUCCCCGCUUCAACUCGAGCCCCCGUGACGGCCGCUGCUCCUUCUAAGGACCCGAAACCCUAGCACCGCCGCCAAGCAUGCCUCCUCGUCGCAUUCCUCUAGUAGUAGCGCUGAACGCUGCUACGGCUAAGUCGAAUCUGGUGCUGCUGCUGAUACUCGCCGCAGCAGUCGCGGGCGUGCACGGCUUCAGAGGGAGAGGCGCGGAGUCCCGCAAGCUACUGCUUUCCGCCACGGGCGGGAGCGCGCGCACUGCCAGUGCACCCGCGGAAGGGGAAGCAAUCACAGUGACGGCGGAUCCGACCCCCCUCGAUGCCUCCGCGGAGGCGGACGCAUUUAUGACGCAUUCCCCCCAGGAUUUCUCCGCGGAGGCGGUGCACGCGGGGGCGGUGGCAGGGGGGAAUGCUCCGGCGCUGCAGCUGAUAAUUGCGGAGGAAGGGCGCGCGGCGGGCGCAGUGUGCUUGGACGGGUCGGCCCCUGGGUUCUACUAUCGGAAGGGCUAUGGCUCAGGCAGCCGCAACUGGGUGCUCUUCUUCGAGGGCGGCGCAUGGUGCGCGUCCCCCCACGGGUGCCACCACCGCUCCACCACGAACCUGGGGUCGUCGAAGCACCUGCUGCCAGCACGGGAGAUGGAGAGCGAGCAGGCGGGCAUGCGGGGCAUGCUCAGCCCCGACCCGAGCAUCAACCCGGACUUCCACAACUGGAACGCUGUCUUCCUCCCUUACUGCGAUGGCGGCUCGUUCUCGGGCGACCUGGAGGAGCCCAUUCACUUCAAUGGCGUGCCGCUGUACCUGCGCGGAAGGAGAGUGGCUGACGUGCUGCUGAAGCACCUCAUGGAUAGGCUGGGCCUGCAUACGGCCAACAGGGUGCUUGUAGCGGGGACGUCAGCAGGGGCUGUAGCGGCGCUGCUGCACUGCGAUCGAAUCCGAUCCACACUGGAGGCGGUCUCGCCCUCCAUCAGUGUCCGCUGCCUCGCUGACUCCUCCAUGUUCCUCGACGUGCCUGACUCCCACAACAAGAGGCAGAUCCCAGAUUUUUUUCGACACGUGUACUCCAUGCAUAAUCUGACUGCCAGUCUCCCCCGAGCGUGCCUCAAGGAGCGAUCGCCAGAGAAGCAUUAUGAGUGCUUCAUGCCGGAGCAUCUGCUGGAUUUCAUCGCCACGCCUCUCUUCCUCAUCAACAGCAACUACGACAAAGUGGCGCUGAGAGCCAUCGAGUCCCCAGAGGUUCUGGACAUGGGCGGCACGAAGCACACUGACUGCCUGGACCAUCCGGAGAAGUGCUCCAAGACCAAGUUCAAACACCUGGAUGCCUAUCGCAGGGCCGUGGCCACUGCUGUGGCCCCUCUCCACGCCGACUCAUCACCUACCAACGCCGUCUUCCUCUUCUCCUGCUUCCAACACGGCUCCAUCCACAUCGACUUCCCGUGGAAGAUCCGCACAGCCAAAGGCGUGCCCAUGCAUGAAGCUGUUGGCCGCUGGAUACACCCUGGCAGCCAUGAGAAAGUCCAUCUUAUUGAAGGAAGCUAUCCGUGUAAUUCUUGCCACAUGGAGCUGUGAAGUGCAAUCGUGGGGAUGCUCCCUAGCCUGUACUUCACCACAUGCACUCAAUCAGCAUAGGGACUCAGCCACCGCCGACUUUUUCGGCUCACACAAGCCCUGAGCCUCUCACCAAGCUGACCAGCUGAUCUGCUCCAACCGUUCUACAUUUUUCAGCUCCGGGCUGGCAUAGUCCACCUCUCACCGAUUCUUUUGUUUGUAACUCCAUGUAUCAAAUAUGCUUGAAUG